CGUCCCAUUCAUGAUUCGGACUUUAAAAGGUCAAGCGGGUGAGACCCGGAGCUUUCCCCUCCGAGCGAAGCCUGCGGAGCUGAGCGACGAAGCGUCUCCUGAUGGAAGGAAGACAGCUGCAGGCUGACAGCAAGAGUUUACAGAGCUUCCCGAAGUUACCGGUGUGGAUCAUAGAGUAUGUCUGGGCUCACAAGAUGAUGGAUAUACAAGAAGUUGUGGAACCUUCCGAUUGGCCAGAAGUGAACUCGCAGCCUCUAAGCGUUGAAGAAUCGUGGAGGCUGCGUGUUGCGUCUGCCCAGGUCUAUUCCAUUGUGAAGAACAGGGACAUAGAGCACUUUGAAAGAGUGAUGGACUUUCUGGAUGCUACGUACAGACUCUUACCCAGGCUGGUGGCUCCCAUCAAACACAUGAAGAUCAUGUUUGGCCUUAAAACCAUGGUCAUCAUGUGGAUGCUCAGAGAGGGCAGAGGAAUGGUUGAUACUGUGGUUAAAAUCACCCAGUACUUCCCAAGCAAACUAUCUCAAUACCAAGAUCACUGUAACCAACAUGAGAUGUUCCUCAUGAGGAAGAACAAUCUGGACUUUAAGACGCUGGCACAAGCUCUUGCUAUGGACAAGGAAAAGCUUGCAGAUUAUAUUAAGAGAGAGAUGGGGAAGCAGUAUGGUGAACGUUAUGCCCAGAAAGUAGAGGACAGGCUGCUGCACUAUCUACACCAGCUGGAGACCGUGCUACCAGGAGACACUUUUGCUGAUAAGAUACUGAAGAAAGACAGUCCUGUUACUGAAGAGGAGAAGCUGCUGCUGGAAGUAAUCACCUCUGACUCCACAACUAUAGCAACAACUCUGAGGAAACUGCUGCACUGUGAUGCUGCUUCCUGUCGUCCAGCCUGCGUUCCUCAGUCAUCAGAACACGGAGAGAAUGAAACAGGAAGUUCUCAGCUCUCAAAGUCUCUUGUUUAUGGCAGCUCCUCACAAGCUCUUCUCAGGUCAUCAGAAGGCAGAACCCUCCUACAGUUUCAGCCAGAGGACUUUAACAGAGCAGAGGAGGCUCCACAGGAAGUGUCCAGCGAUAGCUCCUUUUUGUGGGAGAAUGACAAUCAUUCAGAUGUUGGUAGACAUCAACAAACACAGGAAGGUGGAGAGGUAAUCGAGGGAGUGGGAGAACAGAGCGGUGAUGAAGAAAAGCAAGAAGCGAGUGAGAGCAGCAGGGACUGUGUGGAGGAGGCUGCCUCCUCUCCUCAGUUCUGCUCCAAACACCAGCGAUGGGUGACGAGCAUCCUACAGGAGUGUCCCGAAGAGUGCUCAGAAGAGCUGCGGCUUCAGGCCAAUGUUUCUGUGUCUCCUCCGCUGUUCCAGUCGUCCUCGUCCACUUCUUCAUCACAGGACCUCACUCCCUCUGACCUCAUCCCAUGUCCCCCAGAACAUCCACCCUCGCAGACCACUUCCCGUCCUCAGACAGCAGCCCAGGUAUCUGACCCAGCAGACCCCAAAGAUAAGCUUAGCUCUGGAUCAGCAUGCGAUACGUCUCAAGCAGAGGCUUUACCUCAGGCCUCUCCCCUAGACACUCCUCUGCCCACUCUGUUGUCCCCAGUGGUUCGACUGAUAGACAUUGCCUCUGUCAGAAGCAGCUAUCCUCCCUCUAAACCCAGUCAAACGUCUCCAGAUCACCUCAUCAUGUCUAAUAACAAACAGACAGCUUCCACUUCCAGUCCUCAAGUGCUAACCUCUCCUCACUGCCACACCUCAAGGAGCAAAGAGUCUGCAUUUGAUCAGUUAGAAACUGUGACCCAAUCAAACACAACGCACCAAUUACAGACAGCUCCUGUAUCUCAUGAUGCAUCUGCCUUCACCAGCUGUCAGACACAAACUCUUCAGUCUUUUUCCCGGUUUUCAAAAAAGCUCAGACGGGUUUUCACUAACACCAGACAGUCACCGGGUCUGGACGGAUCCAGUCAAAACCCUUUAGCUGUGCAGUUCGAAAAGGCCCCAGCUACCUACAAGAAGAGCCAUCUGCCCUUACCCGACUUUAGCGUGUCCUGGCCUUCUACACGUGAUGCUUCUACAUCUGCUUCUCAGUCAGGGACUCUGUCCUCGGCCUGUACUGCUAACCAGAUAACUUCAUCUACCAAAUCAUCUCGAUUAGUUGUUCCUCAGGUCUCCAUCAGAAACCAUCCUCAGAAACACGACAUCACUCCUGUUCCAUCAAAGACCCUACCACGCUCUGCUGUCAUAUCCUCUGCCUCCAGCUGUGAUCGUCUGCCUGUCAGGUCUGAGACCUGCAGAGUCCAUUUAGCCCAGCUGAGGUUAUCACUGCGGAGUCAGGCUGUGCUGCUGCAGUCCACACUUCUACAGCCCUAUGUGAAUCUCACCAGGCUGAGCACUCAGGAGUGUUACCGAGCGACCGAGGGGAGAUCCUCAGCCGGACACGAGGAGCGCGUGCUACGAAGCAGCAAUGAAGACGAAGGGCAGGAGGAGGAUCCAUAUUCUUCUUUUGAUCCUAACACUCUUUACUCCAGUCAUUCAUCAGGCAGUGACAAUGGGGACUCCACUGAUCACGACCCUGACUACAAACCACACAUUAAAAAGAAAAGACUGCUCUCAGAGUAUGAGACUGCAGGGAGCCUGAAUCAUGUAUGAGAACUUUUUAACAUAUGGACUACAGCCCAGUGAAAGCGUGAGGCUGAUACUGAUCAAUAUGUCUUAGCCAACAUAUACACAGAUACCAGUAUAUCUGUGAUAAGCUAAUUAGGCUGAUUUAUCAGUCUUGUCUUUAAUGUUGCUAGAUUAAGGUAUUGAACUAAUUUUAUAAGAUAAGGCUGCUGCUAAUAUACACUUUUUCACACUACAUUGUGUGUAGUGACUGGCUCUGCAGAGAAUUAUCACACUACUCCCCUCGGCUCCGUGGAGCGUUUAGCGUCUUUCAGCUCAUUGUUUUAAUUUGAAUGUCCCACAGCCUCACUGCUUUGAUUCAGUCUCACAACAACAAUCAACCUCAUUUCCAGUUACAGCACUGAGCUCUCUUCAGUGAAACUCUCCUGAGAAAAAAAAAACCCAAACAGAUCAGCCAGGUUUACAGGGCCAUGUCAAGUGAGCACGACUUUUAGCUUGUUGUGGCCCCAAGUAGCCAAAAACCUGCUAAAUGCAGAUUGAAAGAACCUGUUAACAAUUGUAAAAUUGUAUAAGUUUGCACAAUUGUGCACAAUUGCACAAAAAGUGGUUGUUGUAAAUGUUUGUACUGUGCUGAGUAUCAUAUCAGUCAUUGUAGCAGACGUCUCUUGAAUGUUGGACUGUUUUGUAACCACAGAAAAUGGCUCCUCAGUGUGGAUUUGAUGACAAAUCAGAGUAAAUAAUCCAUAUUCUUAACAGAGCCGUGUGAUGUGUUUUAGAAAUGUCUCUGUUGGAUGGAUUACCAUGACAUUUUACAAAACAUUUAUGGUCGCCAGAGGAUGAACCCUUAUGACUAAUCCUGGUCUCAUCCGCAGGCAAAUGUUUUCACUCAGCCGGUGAGAUAUCUCAGCAUCUACUACACUGAACCGGGUUGGCAAACAGUCAUGGUUCCCAGAUGAUAUAUCCUGCUGAUUUGGUGAUUGCCUGACUUUUCCUGCAGCACCACCGUGAGUUUGACAUUUGUCCUUCUGCGUACAGUGUCCUGACAGCCAUUCAGUGGUCUGCUCCUAGGCUGCGUUCAGACGCUCUGGACUCCUCCAUAUUCCUCCUCUGGUCAGCAAAGCAUAAGUGUUAGCGUCGUUGCCUUGGCAAUGUGUAUCUGUGAAUGUGGGGGGCGGAGCUUCUGAACUGAGGGGAGGGAUGUAUUUGCUCCUUUAAAUCACUUGUGCCACUGGAGAACAGAUCCGUUGGUGCGAGUGGGUUUUGUAUGGGGCUCAUAGUGUUUUCCUUGAAAGGAUCUGUUUUAAACCCAUUGGAGCAUAAAGCUGUAGAGAUACACUAUAACUGCACUAUAACCUCAGACACUGAUAAAGAAGUGGACUAGCCUGUGUCCACUUGCCUGUUACCUUGUCAGCUGAUGUUGGACAGACCCGGACCUUUUCCCCAUUGGCAGUCACAUCUGCUUUCUCUGGCCAGUUGUGUGUCUUUCUCCUGAGUCAGUCAAUCAGCUCAGUGGCACGAUCUAGCGCCAGCUGUCCUCGUGAUGGCCAGUUGUGUUAAAACAACUGGAUCAGACAUGAGUGGCAGAUCUCUAAGGGUCAGCACUGAGGUCAGCAGCCCCCCCCCCCCCCCCCCCCCCCCUCUGUUUGCUUAUGUGUAUUUACACAGUGUUAUUAGAGGGAGGUCCAGCCCCUGUUGUAAGGUGAAAUGAGGACACUCGUCACUGGCUUUUGACCUAAGGACUGAUAAGGAAAUGUGCCCUUGAAUGAAACAUCCUGGACAUGAAGUUCUGCACAGAACAAGUAAAGGAUUUGAAGUUAUCAAUGGAAACCUCACAUAAUGCUAAGCACAGAGCCAGGGACUGAGGACUCUGCCUCUACUUUUUUUUUUUUCAUUUGUUACAUAAUGAUUUUUGGCUCUUUCCAUCUUUAAAUAUCACAUACCCCUCUCUCCAUGACGGCCGGUCUUUCACUCUGCCUUCAAGCGCGGUCGUUCAGAACGACUAUAAACACUUAAACACAGCACAAAGAGCAGAAACUGGCCCCUGUGCUUUUGCUGUGUCCCAGUUCCAUAUUAUAUACUAAAUUCUGUUUUUGAAGUUAAACUGCUGACAGGAAAUGUAUGCAGUAUUUUCUCCAGCAGGUGUCAGUCAAACAAUGACCUUGGAAUGAAACUGCACAAUAAGCCUCACAACCAGAAAACAAAUAUAUUUAUGCAAAGACUGGAUCUUUCUCAUUCUUUUUCCUUUUGUUUAAUAGUUGCUUUCUGGAGCUGGAGCUUAUUUCAUUGGUA